AUGGCAGAGUACAACAUUGACGAUUCCGCUAUCCAGAUCGACAGCGACUCCCUCGGCGGUGUCCCUGGCGAGAGACCGGGCAGUCGCCGUCUCGACGCGGCUCACGGCAGGUCGCCUCCUGCAACCAAGACUCGAUCUCUGUCCGAUGGAGGAGCUACACCCUCAAAGCUGUCACCGUCGCCGCUCAUUGUCGAAACACCGCGGGCAACGUCCAAGGACGACACCCACAUCAAGGACGCGCAGGCACCCUCUACGCCGCGACGCUCCGACUUCAAGAGUCUCUCGUUGCAAAUGGUUCCUCGACAGUUCACACCACCAACUCAGGCCUCGAAUCCCUACGUCAAGCCUCCGCCUCUUUCUCCAAAACUCGACCAUUCACAGAUAUACGCGUCGCCGACCAAUAUUCUUCCUCGCAGGUCGCGCGGCCUGGACUUUUCUCGUGCUGCCACCAGCUUGCAUCACUCGACCCUCGCCGAAUCGUCCCCCGACUCAUCGCCCACCAUCGGGGAGCGGGCCAUGAACAUCCCCCAUCGCAGGAACGAAUAUGGCGGUCCCGAGCAAACGUCUUCGUCGCUCUGGUCCGUCAUGGGAAAUCACGAGAAGAUGAAUAUUAGCAGCUCUCUAGGCAGCACCAACCAAGUCGCCGUUGGAUGCGACUCGUCAAGCUCAUCAGACGAUGACGACUUGAUGGAUGAGGAAAUGGACGAGCCAUACCUCACAACCCCGCAAGUCUCCAAGACUACCAAUAUUGCGCCGACGGGGCCGUUUGGGUCUCCUGCCAUGAGCAGCCUCAUGAGCUUCCAAAAAAGACAACGCCGCCAUCACAAACAGCCCAAGAAGAAGGUGCGCGGACCCUUGGGUCUCGGCUUCAACAUGGCCGCAGCCACUCUGUCCAAGUCCCCGCCCAGCAACGGUGCGAAGGCGAGGAGGGAGAGCAUCAGCUGGCAAGCGAACCAGCUACACAUCUCUGCCGCCGACACCGACGAAAGCGCAAAGUCCCAGAGCGAUGCUGACGUCAACGGCGGCAGCGAGGGAUCACAACGCGGUGUUGUCAAGCGAGCCGUGACCCGUCGUGGCAACCUACUGCCAAAAACCAAAACCUUUGCCCGAAUCCGCGCCGCACUCUUUGAAGAGGUUGCGCCGGCCGAGGCCGAAACCCGACGAGAAGCAGAGGUUGUCAAACAAGUGCGCGAAAGCGACGUCGCGCGUGGGCCUCGAGUCUCGCAAGCAGCACCCGCCGAGUCGGGCACGGCGGCCAGCGUCUUGUCCUCACCAAACCUAACAAACAACGAUCCUGUCGACGAUCAAGAGGAUGACGUCAACAUGCUGAGCGACUUGGCCUCGGGAAUUUCCAGCAGCUUCAAACAACAGGCCAUCAGGAAUUCCAAAGGGAAACAGUUCUGGGACACCUUUUCCGAGUCGAGCAGCAUGUGUGGGACGAGAACAACACCGCCCCCCUCGGGCCUCUUGCCCCGAGGUUCCUCUUCCGGCAUGAGCGAGGACAAUGGCCUGGACUCCCCUGGACCCGGGCUCGCGUCCGCACACUCUGCCUCGCAGUGCAGCAAUGCUCAAGGGCCAAGCGCGGCAGAAAUAACGCGCAGGAUCAACAACAAGCGCCGUCGCGAUGACGACCUCGACCCCAUCAGCUUCAAGAGACGGGCCGUCAGCCCCGGGAUGAGUGCUCACAACUCACCCAUCCUACAGAGCCCUAUGCAGCGCGAAUCAGCGCCGUGGGGUUCUCGCCCCGGCAGCACCGGAGGCGACAAGGCGGGCAGCAGCGCCCAGAGCGAGUCGGGAAGCGCUGGCGGCGGCACUCCCGCAAACCCUCUAGCCGGGACAACAGGGAGAAUAAACAGCAAAGGUCGUGUAGGGUUCCAGGGAAUGGUUGACACCAACGAUGGUAUCAUGCGUAUGAGUAUAGAAUAG